UGCCAGGACUUCUAAUUCUUCCUGCUUGUUUCCCAGGCUUCUUGCAUUCCUGUACAGAUGCCUGAGAUAACUUACUGAUUGCCAUAUCUUCUCAGUAUGAGCCGGAUCCUCCUCUCUUGUACCUUCCUCCUUGUGUUUGUUUCUGGAACAGCAUUUCACAGUGCCUGGGGCAGGGGGACCUGUCCAAGCCUUUCCUUGUCUUUCAACUCUCUGGCUCAUUGGUGGGCAGCUCCCACUUCUGCGACCCAGGCGCCGAUGUGUUUUUUGAGGAGCACAGCAUCUUUCAGAAAAGCUCCCCACUGUCGGCAGAACCGUGGCUAGACUUUACUUUCGCUUUCGAAAGGACGCUUGAUCAGCACAGCGCCUGAACCUCCCUGUCUCUGCUGUGCAUGCUUAGAGCCACUCCCCGUACACAAUGCAUGAUGCUCUCCACAGCCAGCUAUCUGGCCAGGGUGUGGCACGAAGCUGCACGCAGCAGCAUCUCUGCCUGUCCUCCUUCCUCCAACCUGGCAAGGCUGAAAACUGAAGAUAAGAUCAGGUUUUCUGCUGGGAAAACUGCAGCAGGAGAAGCAGGCGCAUCCGUCCCAUUAAGAAGACUCCUGCACCGCCGGCUCCCCUGACUCUGCUGAGAGUGGCAAAUGGAGUCACUUAACUCCUCACUUUCCCCCUUCAAUGCGACAGCACCUGAGAUGCCAGAAACAUGGCAGGGAGCCUUCCUGAUCAUCAUACUGCUCAUCGGGCUGCCGGCCAACGGCUUCAUUAUCUGGCUGACAGGGUGGCGGCUGCGGUGCCGGGGCCUGUCCGUCUUCAUCCUGAGCCUGGCCAGCUCCGACUUCCUCUUCCUCUGCGUCAUGGUCAUGCAGAUCAUGGAGACCCUGCAGGGUGACAACUGGGUGCUGGGUGCCUUCAUGUGCCGCCUGCGCCACUUCCUCUUGGAUUUAAGCUACCACUGCAGCCUCUUCCUGCUGGCUGCCCUCAGCGUGGACCGCUGCCUGCUGGUGCUGCUGCCCCUGUGGUACCACUGCCAUCGCCCCCUGCGGCUCUCCACCUACAUCUGCCUGGGCACCUGGGUGGCGGCUUCCUUGCUCAGCAUCAAAGGCUUCGUCUUCCCCAAACUCGUCCUGUUUAAAGGAUUCUUCCCCUUUGUUGUCAUGGUGACCACUCACGCUGUCACCUUGGCCCACACCUUGCGGCGCCACACCCGGGCCCCCAGCCAGUUCUACCGCAUUGUGGCUGCCACCCUGACCGUCUACGUGCUGCUCAACCUCCCGUUCCAGAUCACCCAGCUGCUCUUCCUGGUCGCCUUGGAGAACCAGGAGCUCUACAGUCGCCUCAUUCCCUUCCUGGUCUACACCGGCUACCUGAUCAACCUCAACACUAGCAUCAACCCCUACAUCUACCUCAUCUUCGGCUCCAACCUCUGCACAAGCUGCAGCCACCCCAAGACCUCCUCCCUUGCCUCAGCCCUCACAGAGGAGCUCGGGAAGAGCCCCAGACACACGCCUGAGGCGUCUUUCUCUGCCUAG